AUGAGAUAUGCCUGUGUUAGCCUUAUAAUCUGUGGUUUAAUCAACAGCCUCCACAGCCUAUCAAACCAGGGUGUUGCUAAUGUCCUCGAGCAUCCCAGUGAUUCUGAUAGGUAUUGCAGCCCUUCUGGCCAAAUUGAAGACGCGUACUGCCUCUAUGAGACCAUUGAGGACGCUACUAGCAACCUCUACGAGCCACUUAGCCACCUCGUACACACGCCUUUCUUCCGUUAUUUCAAGGUGGACCUCUUUGAAGAGUGCCCAUUCUGGCAGGAAGACUCUCUCUGCAUGAGCAGAGACUGUGGCGUUGAAACUGAGGAAGACGAGUCUAAAAUUCCUCAUAAAUGGCGAGCACAAGCACUUUCAAGCCUCAACGACGUUCAAGAUGCCAACGACAGCAAUCAUCCAGCGUGUUUUGCACGCGUGUCUGAUUUCUGCUACACUCCAGACGAUUCUUCUCCUUCAGGAGUGUACGUUGAUCUUGCACGGAAUCCUGAACGUUUUACGGGGUAUUCAGGACCAUCUGCGCAGCGCGUAUGGGAUACCAUUUACAAGGAGAACUGCUUCGGCGUGGCUGACUUCUUUGAGUCUUCAGGAAGGCUACAGAGUGGCGUAGCCCAGGUCAGUCAGGCACCACCCUCACUCGGUCUGUUGACGGGCGCUGGUGGCGCUUUAGGUGCUGGGCAACCAGGUCUCGAACCCGGCUUUGAUAUCGAUCUCGACGGCGAGAACGACAUGUGUGUGGAGAAGAGGGUGUACUACAAGCUCAUUAGCGGAUUGCACUCCUCUAUAUCCAUGCACAUAUGCUCCGAGUGGCUCAACCAGGAGACUGGCGAAUGGAGUCCAAAUUUGGAUUGCUUCACCACUAAACUCUCGCAGUAUCCGGAAAGGAUACAGAAUAUAUACUUCUUGCACGCCCUACUCACACGCGCCGUCGCAAGAGCUAGGCCUCUCCUCGAUCACUAUGACACGUCAGUUGGAGAUGGCAUAGCAGAUGCGCUCACGCGUCAGUACAUGAACGAUACAAUGGACAGAGUUACAGCGUGCGGGGAUACUUUCCAAGAGGGUACCAUCUUUGAUGGUGGUCCCGGCAAGCAGAUACUCAAGGAGGAAUUCAAGGCACAUUUCCGGAACGUGUCGCGGAUAAUGGAUUGCGUCGGUUGCGAUAAGUGCAGACUCUGGGGUAAAGUGCAAGUGAGUGGGAUAGGCGCGGCGUUGAAAAUACUAUUCGGAUUGGAUGGAGAUGAAAUCAAACAGCCGAAUACACUACAACGCUCAGAAGUGGUGGCGCUGUUCAAUACAUUCCAUAGAAUAUCCGAAUCUAUUGAGAAUAUAGAGGUGUUUAGGAAGCUGUACGAGGCGAGGAAGACGGGGGUAGCGACACAGGCAGCAACAGAAAACACUGAGUAUACUGAGUAUACCGUGUAUACAUGGGUGACUAGAUUUGGCUGGCUAGUCUACGAUUCACUUGCCAACGCCGCUCGCAUCCUCACUGAGCACGCUAACACAGUGAAAGAGUACGCGCGGGAGAAAAUAAUGACCAGAGACAGCGCCCGUACGCCAGAGCUGUAA